AUGCUGAUGCGCUAUGGAUUGCUACUGCUUGUGGAGAUCUCUUUCGCUGCAGCCUUUCGCCCGACGCUGCUGGCUGCAAGGGGCAAUGCCUCUUCGGUUGCCCCUUGGCUGUGUGAUGUUCAAGUUGUUUGCCGCAGCAUGCUGGUGUGCAUCAAGUCGAAGUCACAUGCAACCCCAUUCCAGUCAGACACUGUCAUCCAGACCCCCAAGCGCUUCGAGCCCACCCUGCGCAACCUCCGCCUGGUGUUAGUGCUGGGCACCUUCACCUUGGCUUGCGUCUGCGUGAUUUGGAGGAGCUCGGCUGCUGUGAGUGUGCCGAGUGAGCCUGCUGCGGGCCCCCACUUGGAUCUGGACGCCUCGCUCACCGUCUGCGGCGUGGGCCGGUACCAACUGACGAUCGUGCUAGCUAUCCUGCUUGCUUGGAUGGCGGAUGGGGCAGAGAACGUCCUGCUUCACAGCAUGGCCAAGCAUCUCGUGCAUGCACUGGACACUGACGAGAUCAGCGUGGCGGACCUACGCAUCUUCAGCCACGCGGCCAUGGCCUGUUCAGCGUUCCUCAGUGGGUCAGCCGCAGACAGCUUCGGUCGUCGCCCCGUCUUCUGCAUCUCUUGUCUUCUGGCCACCACGUUCUCAUUGCUUUCCAUCUUUGCGCCCGCAUUUUGGUUCUUCUGCUGUUGCCGCGUCUUGGCCGGCAUCGGCCUGGGGGCCCUGGUCGGAACUGACGUGGCGCUGCUGUGCGAGUUCCUCCCGUCUUCAAGGCGAGAGUGGGUGGUCCCGUUUCUGUACGUGGGAUACGUCGUGGGGCGACUUUUUGCAGACUUCUGCGCCUUCAAGCUCUACCCUAUGUUCGACAACUGGCGUUUGCCCUUCCUCCUUUGCAGCCUGCCGCUGGUUCCCUCCUGCAUGUUGCGCUUCAGCCUCCACGAGACGCCCCAGGCUCUCCUUGCGCGAGGCUUCGUGGGCCAUGCGAAGAGAGUUCUCGGGGAUGUGGCCGAGACGAACCGUGGAAUCAGGAGUACAUCUUGCCUCAUCACCGGUGCGCGACCCGUCAAGCAAUACCAGGGCUUGGACUUCCGAAACUGCCUCAACGCUGGAGUCUGGGCGACCAUCCGGCAGAACCAGCUGGAGCGAGUGCUGGCGGUGGCUGCGUUGGCUUUUUUCAUGGCUCUGGGGAGACUCUUGAACUCCUUGCUGCCCGAGUUGGAGGCCCACUUCAGCCUCUUCAGCGACUCUUUCAGAAGCACAGUGUGGUUCGCUGCCCUGAUCUGCCUCUGGUGCGCCCUUAGCGUGGCGCUAAUGCAGACUGGCCUUCUGGCCUGGGACAUCUUUGUCGGAGGUUGCCUCGUGUCGCAAGGAGUCUUGCUGGCCUUCUCGUAUCUGUUUCAGAUGGAAACGCCUGGCUGGAAGAGCUUCAACUUGCUACUCUCCGCCUGGGCAAUGGCGGAAGGUUUAACGAGUACGCCGUUCUAUGCCAUAUGUGUCCGCAUGUUCCCGGAGCACGCGCGUGCGACUUCCCUAGGCUUCGUGGACGCGAUUUCCAGAUCGGUGGUGGCGCUGCAGCCAUUUUUGGCGGCGGACUUGCUGAGCUCCAUUGGGACGGCUCUCUCCGCUGCUGUGCUCGGGGGCUGCUGGCUCUGUGCAGCAGCUUUGGCGCUGGUUUGGCGCCACCUCUGGCAGGCACCAUCUCCUGAGGAGGUCGAGGCGUCCAAGGCCUGA